ACCCCGGGCGCUCGCUCGCUCGCUCGCUGCAGCCGCCGCGGCCGGGCGCAGCCGCGCUGCUGCCUCGCUCUCCGUGCCCGCAGCCUUUCCCCGCCUCCUCCGCCGGCCCCGGUGCGAGGGGCCUGGGGGAAGUCGCCCCAGGAGAGCCCUCGCUCUCAACGGGGCAGUCGGGCGAGGAGAGCGGACCCCGGGACGAGGAGGACGAGGAGGAGGGGAGCAGAGGAGCAACCAGGCCCAAAGCAUAGGAUGGGGCCCCCCUUACAAGGGCCAGUGGCAGCCAGAGGCAACACAGUACCCCCAACCUGGGGCCAGGACACCAGCUGAGUGGGGUGGGAGUCUCUAGGGCCAUGGCAGGUGCCUCAGUGAAGGUUGCUGUGAGGGUACGACCCUUUAACGCCCGAGAGAGCAGCCAUGAUGCCAAGUGUGUGGUCAGCAUGCAGGGCAACACCACCUCUAUCACCAAUCCCAAGCAGAGCAAGGAUGCCCCCAAAAGCUUCACCUUCGACUACUCCUACUGGUCCCACACCUCGGCAGAGGACCCUCAGUUUGCAUCUCAGCUUCAAGUGUAUCAGGAUAUCGGAGAGGAGAUGCUGCUUCAUGCCUUUGAGGGCUAUAAUGUCUGCAUCUUUGCCUAUGGUCAGACAGGCGCUGGAAAAUCCUAUACCAUGAUGGGGCGGCAGGAGCCAGGGCAGCAAGGCAUUGUGCCCCAGCUCUGUGAGGACCUCUUCUCCCGGGUUAGUGAGAACCAGAAUGCCCAGUUGUCCUACUCUGUGGAGGUGAGCUACAUGGAGAUCUAUUGUGAGCGUGUACGGGACCUUCUGAACCCCAAGAGCAGAGGGGGACUGCGGGUGCGAGAGCACCCCAUCUUGGGUCCCUAUGUUCAGGACCUGUCCAAGCUGGCAGUUACCUCUUAUGCUGACAUCGCUGACCUAAUGGACUGUGGCAACAAAGCACGGACAGUGGCUGCCACCAACAUGAAUGAGACCAGUAGCCGUUCCCAUGCUGUCUUCACCAUCGUUUUUACUCAGCGUUGCCAUGACCAAUUCUCAGGACUGGACACAGAGAAGGUCAGUAAAAUUAGUUUGGUGGAUCUGGCUGGGAGUGAACGAGCUGAUUCUUCAGGGGCCCGGGGCAUGCGGCUGAAGGAAGGUGCCAAUAUAAAUAAGUCCCUCACCACAUUAGGAAAAGUGAUCUCAGCCCUAGCAGAGAUGCAAUCAAAGAAGCGGAAAUCAGAUUUCAUCCCUUAUAGGGACUCUGUGCUUACCUGGCUACUAAAGGAGAAUUUAGGAGGAAAUUCACGCACAGCAAUGAUUGCAGCUUUAAGCCCUGCAGAUAUCAACUAUGAAGAGACACUCAGCACCCUCAGAUAUGCAGACCGCACCAAGCAGAUCCGCUGUAAUGCAGUUAUCAAUGAGGACCCCAAUGCACGGCUGAUCAGAGAGCUCCAGGAGGAGGUAGCCCGGCUCCGAGACCUGCUGCUGGCCCAGGGGCUCUCAGCCUCUGCUCUGGGAGUUACAAAGCUGGAGGAGGGAAGCUGUGGGACUAGCUUGCCUGCUCUGUCAUCCCCACCUGCUCCAGACUCACCUUUGGGUCCUCCAGUUCACAAUGGGGAGGUGGAGUCAUCAUUCUCUUCUAAUGCUGAGCCCCAUAUUGGGCCUGAGGAAGCUAUGGAGAGACUACAGGAGACAGAAAAGAUCAUUGCAGAGCUGAAUGAAACAUGGGAGGAGAAGCUACGUAAGACGGAAGCCCUGAGAAUGGAGAGAGAAGCAUUGCUGGCUGAGAUGGGUGUGGCCGUACGAGAGGAUGGGGGGACGGUGGGCGUCUUUUCCCCGAAGAAGACCCCUCAUCUGGUAAACCUAAAUGAAGAUCCCCUGAUGUCAGAGUGUCUGCUCUAUCACAUUAAAGAUGGUAUCACCAGAGUAGGCCAGGUAGAUGUGGACAUCAAACUGACUGGGCAGUUCAUCUUAGAGAAGCACUGUGUGUUUCGGAGCCUCACUCAGCCUGAUGGAGAAGUUGUGGUGACUCUGGAGCCCUGUGAAGGAGCCGAGACAUAUGUAAAUGGGAACCCUGUGACCCAGCCACUGGUGCUGAGAUCAGGGAACCGAAUUGUCCUGGGCAAGAACCAUGUCUUCCGCUUCAAUCACCCUGAGCAGGCUCGACUAGAGCGAGAGCGAGGGGUGCCUCCACCCCCAGGGCCGCCAGCCGAACCUGUGGAUUGGAACUUUGCCCAGAAGGAGCUCCUCGAACAGCAAGGCAUUGAUAUCAAGCUGGAGAUGGAGAAGAGGCUACAGGAUUUAGAGAAUCAAUACCGGAAGGAGAAAGAAGAGGCCGAUCUUCUGUUAGAGCAGCAUCGAUUGUAUGCAGACUCAGACAGCGGGGAUGACUCGGACAAACGGUCCUGUGAGGAGAGCUGGCGACUGAUAUCGUCACUUCGGGAGCAGCUUCCACCCACCACAGUCCAGUCCAUCGUCAAGCGCUGUGGCCUGCCCAGCAGUGGUAAGCGCCGGGCCCCGCGGCGAGUCUAUCAGAUUCCCCAGCGGCGACGGCUGCAGGGCAAGGACCCCCGCUGGGCCACAAUGGCAGACCUGAAGAUGCAGGCGGUGAAGGAGAUAUGUUAUGAGGUGGCACUGGCUGACUUCCGACAUGGGAGGGCGGAGAUCGAGGCACUGGCUGCCCUCAAGAUGAAGGAGCUGUGCCGUACCUACGGCAAACCUGAAGGGCCUGGGGAUGCCUGGCGGGCCGUGGCGAGAGAUGUUUGGGAUACAGUAGGGGAAGAAGAGGGAAGUGGAGGAGGAGGGUCUACCGAGGAUGGGGCCCGAGGGGCCGAGGUGGAGGAUCUCCGAGCACACAUUGACAAGCUGACUGGAAUCCUGCAAGAGGUGAAGCUGCAGAACAGCACCAAGGACCGGGAGCUUCGGGCACUGAGGGAUCGAAUGCUCAGGAUGGAAAGAGUCAUCCCCCUCACUCAGGAUAAUGAUGAUGAAGAUGUUGAGGUGACCUGGGCAGCCUCGGAAGGGACAGAAGGUCCAGAAGAGGCAACCUCUGGGGCUGUUACCCCCACUGUCCAGGCCCCAUCCCCUCCCCCCUCAAGCUGGGAGCGGGUGUCCAGGUUGAUGGAAGAGGACCCUGCCUUCCGACGUGGCCGUCUUAGGUGGCUCAAGCAGGAGCAGCAGCGCCUACAGGGGCUACAAGGUCUUGCCGGAGGCCGAGGUGGGGGGCUUCGCAGGCCUCCUGCCCGAUUUGUUCCACCCCAUGAUUGCAAGUUGCGAUUUCCCUUCAAGAGCAACCCGCAGCACCGGGAGUCAUGGCCUGGGGUUGGGGAAGGAGGGGAGGCUUUGGCUAUACCCCAACCCCCUGAGGAGGGUACUCUCGUAUCAACCCCCACUCCUAGAAGGCUCCCUAGUCCUCGACGGCCCCACAGGCCCCGGAGGAACUCCCUGGAUGGAGGGGGCCGCCCCCGCGGUGGAGGUCCCAGCCAACCUGAAUCCCAGCAGUUUCAACCCAAGAAGCACAAUUAUUAUCCCCAGCAGCUUCAGCCUUACCCAGCUCAGCGGCCCUCUGGUCCCCGAUAUCCUCCCUACACCACACCUCCUCGAAUGAGACGACAGCGUUCAGCCCCUGACCUCAAGGAAAAAGGGGCAGCUGUGUGAGAAGAGGGCCCGAUUGGGGCCUCUUGCUGAGAGGAGAGAUGUGGGCUGCUGUUCCCCCACUUGUAGGAUUAUUGGCACAGGCAGGGACAGAGAUGAGAGGGGCAGAGUAGGUGACAGGGGACUUGAGCAGGUUGGUCUAGGAGUUGGAGGAAAUCGUAGGAUGCACGGUGUAGCGUUGCCAGGAGUAAACCAAAGGGAAGGGAAGGAAAGGGGGAUAGGCUGCCUUAAGGCCAUGCCUCCCAGAGGGGGCCCCUCCCCCCAAAUGCUGCUAAGAGUGGGGUGCUGUGUAGCCAGUUUUGUGUGGUUUUUUUUUUGUUUUUGUUUUCAGGUGGGGCAGGUAUGAUGACACUAAGAGGGCAUUAUGAAAUUCCCUCCCCAAACCAGUGUCUGUGGUGGGUUUCCAUGUUAAGGGGAUGGGGCUGUCCUAAGAUUUCCCCUCCCCCUCCAGGCCUUCCACUAUAUCUUCAGUGGCAUGCCAGGUUUGGUUGGGCUCCCACAGCAUGGUGGGACCCUUCAUUAAAAGGAAGCAAACAGGGAGUUCUGUGGCUCGUUAUUGAUGGUGUAAUGGUGCAUAUGGGGGGCACAAGGAGUGAGGUGUGCCACAAGGAUUGAGGGAGAGGUUAGAAUAGAAGGAGAACCAACAAGGCUCUGUGCAAGUUUGUCUUGGGUGUGUGAGCAUAUUAUUUGACUUCCAUGCCCAGGCUGAACACACCCUGUGUUGCUUUGCCUUUUUUUUUUUUUGGGUGGGGUGGUGGACGGGGGAAUGCCAUUUUAAUGAGGGAGACCUGCUCCCUAUCCAUUUGUUCUUGAGAAAUUGCAAGGCAUCUAUAGAGGAAAUACUUCUGAUUUAGCCCUCACUCUGAUACCGCUUUGGUCAUGUCUUUCCUUUCUUUAUUAAGAUUGUAGCCCAGGGAUUCUCAAAAUUAUUUCACUCACAAGCAUAGUGUUUGCUACGAGGAGUCACAACACACUGAACAUUUAAAUUGGCAACAAAGAAGGUUUUCCAGGCGGUGGGGCUUCCAGUCCCGUUAUCUGGGCCUUGGGAUUCUUCCACUGCGCUUCCUCCUCCCCAGAUACUUCACUUUCUUUACCUCCUUAGGACUCAACAGAGGAGGAGGAGGUGGUGAUUUGUUCCUCUUUGGAUAGAACUAUAAUUGUGAACUUCCUGAUCAUAAGCCAAGAAUGGUCAGUGUCCUGCAAUGGGGAUGGGGAUGGGAUUUCAUAGCACACUUAAAAGAAACUCACUCCACACAAAUACUACUGCACACCUUUUGAGAGCUCCUUCUGUGUUGCCACAGAGCUUAGAUUUUAUAAAGCACUUUACAGUUACACUGUCCAAACAUCCUGCCUUACCAAAGUCUUAUCAGGUGUCUGUCACUAUCACCCCUUUUCUCAUUACACCGAAGAAAGAAGAGCAGUUGAAUGGAGAAGUGAGGGGAUUUAAGAACUGCCAUACUGGGUCCAAUCAGCAUCCUGUCAAGUAUUUUGUAUCUGACAUGCUACUUGUGAGAAAGCAGUUUUCCACAAAAAGGAAUGUCACCCUAAUGCCUAUAUUUAACCAAGUGAUAUCCCGCAGUGGGACUAUUAUUAUCUAUGCACUUGUAUUAACUUUUCUUGAUUAUAUUUACAUUUUCAGCCUUUGCCAUCAUUAAGGGAGUGAGUGCCCUAGGUUUUGCACCUACUGGUGCCAUAACUAGACCAGGGCAACUUAAAUUUUAUCCCCAGGUGCUAAGUUUAGAAGGAGCUAAUGGCAUAUGUCCUUGAACGACAUAGACACAAUGGAGUUUAGUACUACCCAAGGGCAGUCUGGGAUGAUUUUCUCCAGUUGUACCCUCUCUCCCUCCCCCCCACCCCAAGCAACUCAACUGAGAUUUUACCAUGUGUGGUUUCCCUGGUGUAGUUUGUAGUAAUUUUCUUAGGUGCAAACAUUUCUAGUUGUUACUCUAUUACUUUUUUUUUGCUCCUAAACCAUUUUCAGACUUCCAGAUGCUGAAAAAUCUACUUUAGGAUUUGGUGGUUUGAUGAACAAACCCAUUUCUAUCCUAGCCACACUUUUCACAGUCUGAGAGAUUGUCCGUUUUCUGUCUUCAGCUUUGCAGUGAGAGCCUGAUUUUUUCAGUCUUUCCUGACAGAAACCUUUGCAACUCUGGUACUUACGCUGUCCCCUAGACCUUUUCCAACUUCACCCUGUCUGCUUUGAGUGAUGACAGGACCUACACACUAAGUGCAGAUGAAUGAUUUGUGUCAGAGCAGGAAACUGUCUCUUGCUGUUGACAUCCAUACUGGAAGAAGGCCGAUUUCUUGUUUGGCAGCCAAUUGCGCAGAUACGUUUGACUAGUGUUUCAGAGUGAAAUACCUUCCCAGAUCUAGGCUGUAACUGAUAGGCCAUUAACUCAUUCACUGGCACACUUACUCUGUGCCUAGUAUUACAAUACUACAGAGGGUAAGAAAAGAAAACCAUUCUUGCCCAUGAGGAACGUGUACUCCAGUUAGAAACACUAACUGCACAUGUAACCCAGAACUUCCAUGUCUACAGGGUAAGGUUUACAAGGAUUCUCCUGACCACCGUUCCGGUGAAGUUGGUAGAACCAGCAUCCUUACUUUCUUUUUACGGAUGGAGACACUGGCUCAGAAAGGCAUGUGUUGUCUAGUCGGUUACCAUUUCAACUGAGUGUAGUAUGUGCAUGACAGCGAGUUGUGGGGGACACACUAAACGCACCCAGAACUCAACAAGGAAGCACUUGUCCGCGGUGAGGUUAUGAAACCUUGUAUGUCAUUUCUGUAUUUGACCAUCCACACACUUUGGAGCAAACUUGUAUUGAUUAAAAAACAAAACAGCCAUUUCUGUAUAUUCCCCCUCCCCAAGCCAUUGUUGCAAGGAAAGUUAAACAAAACCGACCAUCACAAUCACAAUGUAUAUAAUCUGUACCCGUAUCUUCCACCCUUCUACCAAGAGGGGAAGGUGCCAGUACACUCUUAAGAUGUAGUCAGUAUUUGUGUAUAAUCAUCACUAUGGGUACUUGAGGGGUCCUGGAAGUUCCCACAUAGGAGGUAGGUGGAACAGAAUCUAAGAGACAUUUCUGCCUCAGAAAUAAGAUUACUCCAAUGUGCUCAAGGGCAAAGGAAAGGGAAGGAGAGCUAGACGUGGGCAUACAGGUCUGGAACUCUUUUUGUACAUUUGCUCUUGAGGUUUAGGAAUUUCUUAUCCUGGGGGAAACAUAGGUGCCUGACAGUUACUGAUGGAGCCAGGGCUACUGAUAACCUUAUGGGCAAGCAGCCACGAACUAUGGGAUUGGUCUUGCUGGCCACAAACUGCCUCAGCCUGAGAUUGCUGGUGAUUAGGACUCAAAGAGGAGAAAGAGCCAAGAGCUAAACCAGCUCUGCCAAGAUUUACAGCACCCAAAGACCCAAACAGCAGGGAUCAGUGUAGCAGAGGCAAGUUUGGAGUGGGGAAAUGGAGGGAAGGGGAAGACCACUCACACCAUGCUUCUCAUGAAGAUUUCCUUUCUCAUCCUUUCUAUGAUCUGCAGUAGUGAGUGGUUCAGAUUUGUUCCUCUAGCACCCCCAAAAGAUCUGAGAGGAUAAGCAGAUGUUUUGGGAGAUUGUGGGUGGAGGAGGGUGCUACAUAGAAGUGUUUUAAUAUUUUCCUUUCAUUUUAAUUAUGUCCAAUAAACUAUGUUGCCAAAGUA